CGAGUUGUUUAUAAUACUAAAGCCAAUAAUUUGAUUUUAUUUAUUUUAUCUCAUCAAAAUAUGAACUGAUAUCAGUUUUCUCACAUCUCAACUAAUCUGUCCAUACACCCACCGUCUAGUUCCCACUCAUCAAUUGUUAAUCGAACCUCGUCAAGAAAGCUAGUUUUCGGAAUAUAAGUACGGAAGUGCAGUGACCUAAUUGGUAAAGAGUGUGCAAAACCUUUUAACACAAAACUUGUUGAAUAAUUGCAAAAAAAAAAAAAAAAAAAAAAACAAAUAUGAGUUCCAAAUCGUAUUUUGAAGAUUCGCGUGAUGAAAGCCAAGGUAGUAAACUUUCCAGGAAAGUGAAGGAUUCGCCAUUUAUGAUUAUUGGUUUGGCUGGAUUCGCUGCGGCUGGUCUUAUUGGCGCCUACAAAUAUAAGAAUCGUGGUACAAUGAGCACGAGUGUGUUUUUAAUGCAACUUCGUGUCGCUGCACAGGGUACCGUUGUCGGAGCGUUGACAAUCGGUCUCGCCUACAGUAUGGCCAAUGAAUAUCUGUUUAAGGAUAAAACACCCAAAGAAAAUCCGAAAUUGUCCAACUAAAUAGUGGUAAAAUAUUUAGCUGCAUUUACCUUGAAGACACUUGUAAUACGAACAAAAUAUAUGUACAUAUGUAAUUGCGUUUUGACGCCCAUAAUAUUUUUUCCUAUUGAAAUGUAAUUUCGAUUCAUUCAAAACAGCUCUUAUGUGUGUUUCAAGGAUCUGCUUCAACUUAAUUUUCACCAAUGUGUAAUCAUCUUUAAACCUUAUAAAUCGACUCAUACUUUUUGCAGACGAAACAUAUUUUCAUACAUAAUUUUUAGCAUAAUAAUAUGAUGUAAGAACUAUAAACUAAGAAAAUAAUGUUACAAAACGAUGAGAUCACUUUAAAAGGACGACAUCCUAUUUAUUGCCUGUGAUAAUGCAGACUAAUGAUUACAGAGGUUUUAUGAACUAAAGAGACGCUACAUAAAAAGUAUGUAUGUAGCUUUGAGAUAUUAAAAAUAACUUGUUAAUCAGUGUAAUAAGCCAAUGCCAAUCUUUAUGUAUGAUUAUUAUUAUUUAAACUUAUUAAAAAUAAAAAA